AAUUAAACAGUUAAACUAAAUCAAUGAAUUUUUUUUAGAGUAUUGACUCUGCCAAAUGCAGCACCAAAAAAGUAGGAAUGAAUUGCAUUAAAGAUCGCGCCAUUGCCAUUUCUCCUUCCUCUAAUUUGCUAUUUUUCUGCUCCUCACUCUUAAAUCUUAAAACAAAAGUUUAAAAGUUUAAAAUUCUCAAUUUUAUUUUUUCUUGCAGUAUUUCCAAGAAAUGAACAUGGAAGCUUCCUUAAGCUAGCCGAGGGCGCGUUUUUUUUUUAUUAAUUUUCUUGAAAAGUUUUCUAGUAAGGCGUCUGGUUCCGGUGCUAUAAAUCUUGUUUUAAUUCAACAGUUUUCGAAGUGGUCAAUUUUGUGACAAAAAAAUGGAGAGUUUUUUGAACGAGAAUUUUGAUGUGAAAGCCAAACAUUCAUCGGAGGAGGUGUUACAGAAAUGGAGAGAUGUGUGUGGAUUUGUCAAGAAUCCGAAACGAAGGUUUCGAUUUACUGCGAAUCUUUCCAAGAGAUUUGAGGCUGCUGAGAUGAGAAAAACUAACCAGGAGAAAUUAAGAAUUGCAGUUCUGGUUUCGAAAGCCGCAUUUCAAUUUAUUCAAGGUGUCUCUCCAAGUGACUAUGUUGUACCUGCAGAUGUAAAGGCUGCUGGUUACGACAUUUGUGCUGAUGAGUUAGGAUCCAUUGUCGAAGGCCAUGAUGUGAAGAAGCUAAACUUUCAUGGUGGGGUUAAUGGUAUUGCAGAAAAGCUCUGCGCUUCAACUGAAAAAGGGCUUACUGCAGAUACUGAUCUUUUGACUGGUCGACAAGAGCUUUUUGGAAUCAAUAAAUUUGCUGAGAGUGAAGUUAAAAGUUUCUGGAUAUUUGUAUGGGAAGCCCUUCAAGACAUGACUCUUAUGAUACUUGGUGUUUGUGCAUUUGUGUCUUUACUAGUUGGCAUUGCAACAGAAGGAUGGCCAAAAGGGGCUCAUGACGGUCUUGGAAUUGUUGCUAGUAUCUUGUUGGUUGUGUUUGUCACCGCAACAAGUGAUUAUCGUCAAUCUUUACAAUUCAAGGAUCUGGACAAGGAGAAGAAAAAGAUUACUGUUCAUGUCACCAGAAGUGGAUUUAGGCAGAAAUUGUCCAUAUAUGAUUUGCUUCCUGGUGAUAUUGUACAUCUUGCCAUUGGAGACCAAGUCCCGGCGGACGGCCUUUUUGUGUCAGGAUUUUCUGUAUUAAUCGAUGAGUCGAGUUUGACUGGGGAAAGUGAACCAGUAAUGGUGAGCUCAGAAAAUCCUUAUAUGCUUUCUGGAACGAAGGUGCAAGACGGAUCGUGCAAAAUGUUGAUUACUACUGUUGGGAUGAGAACCCAAUGGGGUAAACUGAUGGCAACUCUUAGUGAAGGAGGAGAUGAUGAAACUCCAUUGCAGGUAAAAUUGAAUGGAGUUGCAACCAUAAUUGGCAAAGUCGGUCUUGCCUUUGCUGUAGUGACUUUUGCAGUAUUGGUCCAAGGACUAUUUAGCCGUAAGUGGAACGAUGGGUCUCACUGGAGUUGGUCUGGAGAUGAAGCAUUGGAGAUGCUUGAAUAUUUUGCAAUUGCAGUCACGAUUGUUGUCGUUGCAGUUCCAGAGGGUCUGCCUCUGGCUGUGACAUUGAGCCUUGCCUUUGCUAUGAAAAAGAUGAUGAAUGAUAAAGCCCUUGUUCGGCAUCUAGCAGCUUGUGAGACUAUGGGAUCAGCAACCACUAUCUGCAGUGAUAAAACCGGGACCCUCACUACUAAUCGCAUGACUGUUGUGAAAUCAUGUAUUUGCAUGAAUGCCAGGGAAUUAGGCCAGGCUGAUAAAGUUGCAAGCUUGUGUUCUGAAAUUCCUAAUUCUACUCUCAAGCUUCUGCUACAAUCAAUCUUUAACAACACUGGAGGUGAAGUUGUGGUUAGUAAAAACGGCAAACUUGAGAUAUUGGGAACACCAACUGAUAGUGCUAUAUUGGAGUUUGGCUUGUCUCUAGGUGGAGAUUUCCAAAAGGAACGGGAAGCAGUCAAGCUUGUUAAAGUUGAGCCUUUUAACUCAACGAAGAAGCGAAUGGGAAUAUUAGUUGAGCUCCCUGAAGGAGGUUUACGAGCACACACUAAAGGUGCUUCCGAAAUAGUUUUAGCUGCCUGUGACAAGGUGAUCAAUUCCGAUGGUGAAGUUAUUGCCCUAGAUGAAACAUUAAUAAACCAUCUCAAGGUUACUAUAGAUCAGUUUGCUAGUGAGGCACUUAGAACUCUAUGCCUUGCCUAUAUGGAUAUGGAAAGUGGAUUUUCCGCAAAUGAUCCUAUACCACUUUCCGGGUUUACUUGCAUAGGAAUUGUGGGUAUUAAAGAUCCAGUUCGUCCUGGUGUCAAGGAGUCUGUUGCACUCUGCCGUUCAGCAGGCAUCACAGUAAGAAUGGUCACAGGAGAUAAUAUAAAUACUGCAAAGGCUAUUGCUAGAGAAUGUGGCAUUCUCACUGAUGAUGGUAUAGCCAUUGAAGGUCCAGAAUUUAGAGAGAAGAAACUUGAUGAGUUACUUGAACUAAUUCCCAAAAUUCAGGUGAUGGCUCGAUCUUCACCUCUAGACAAGCAUACACUGGUGAAACAUUUGCGAACUACAUUAGGUGAAGUGGUUGCAGUGACUGGAGAUGGAACCAAUGAUGCCCCAGCUCUUCAUGAAGCAGAUAUUGGUCUAGCAAUGGGCAUUGCUGGAACUGAGGUGGCUAAAGAGAGUGCUGAUGUCAUAAUUUUAGAUGAUAACUUCUCUACUAUCGUAACAGUGGCCAAAUGGGGACGCUCAGUUUACAUAAAUAUUCAAAAAUUUGUUCAGUUCCAGCUGACUGUUAAUAUUGUUGCAUUGAUUGUAAACUUUUCUUCAGCCUGUUUGACAGGGACUGCUCCGCUGACUGCUGUUCAGCUUUUAUGGGUGAACAUGAUUAUGGAUACCCUGGGAGCUCUUGCACUUGCAACAGAGCCUCCAAAUGAUGAACUCAUGAAGCGUACACCAGUUGGAAGGAAAGGGAAUUUUAUCAGUAAUGUCAUGUGGAGGAAUAUCCUAGGCCAAUCUUUGUAUCAGUUUAUGGUGAUAUGGCAUCUCCAAGCAAAUGGGAAGGCAAUGUUUAAUCUUGAAGGCGCAAAUUCUGAUCUAGUCCUGAAUACUCUUAUAUUCAACUCAUUCGUCUUCUGUCAGGCUUUCAAUGAGAUAAGCUCGCGAGAGAUGGAGGAAAUCAAUGUCUUCAAAGGCAUACUAGACAAUUAUGUAUUUGCUGUUGUUCUUGCUUGCACCGUCUUUUUCCAAAUCAUAAUUGUAGAAUUCUUGGGUACAUUUGCAAAUACGACGCCUCUCACUUGCACUCAGUGGUUUGUCAGUGUAUUCAUCGGCUUUCUAGGCAUGCCAAUUGCUGCUGGCUUAAAAAUGAUCCCAGUUUAAAGUAUCUUCAAGGGAUGCCCUCUAUCAAAUCGCAUCCGGAAAUGUAAGUUUUGUUAACUGGCUUUAAGGUUGCAUCUUCUUGUGAUGGAGGAUACAUGAAGUAAUGGCAAUCUUAUGACUUCUUUUGGCUCGUCUUUCGGACCAAAGAAUAGAGAAAUUAGUAACAUCAGAAAGUACAAUUAUCCAAAACAAGGGUUUGUAGGAUUCCCAAUUUUGUUUUUUGUUUUUGGGGUUUGACAUUAACAUUUUCUUAGCAGUCUAAGAAAAUGCUGCAAAUUUCUCAUGCAUUUUGUAGAUGAAAUUAAAGUUUUUAGGCUUUAUGUAAGACUGUUUAUAUUCUGCAGUCAUGUAAAGAAUCAUAUUUAUUGACUCUUUAUUUUAACUUAAUGUAGUUACAAAUUCCUUCA